ACGAUAAAAAGCCGCGAGACGAACGCGAACGAAGUGCGGGAAAUAGUUUCUCUCUCUCUUCUUCUUGUAAGAUAUUUCGGAGUAGGAAGUGCGUGCCUUCCUCGCAGCUCAUUCGCCGAGGUAACAUCCCCUGCCCUUCCUCACAUUUCCUCCCUGUUCGUCCGUAAUAGUCGUUUCCGAACCUUGCGUUUCGUGGGAUUUGUCGAGGCGAGGGCUUCGAUUUGACCCAGGAAUCGCCCAAAUCCGCUUGUCUUCGACUUCAGUUCAUCCCCACGAAUUUCUAGGGUUUUAGUGUCGAUUUUGUCCCCCUUCAUUACAUUUGAUUGGCGGUGAAUUGGGCCCCGUUUUGAUGAUUCCUUGGGUUCGUUGGACGGCAGGAAACGAGAUCCUCUAGAGGUUUGUGCUGUUUAGCGUGAGUUUUUUUGGGGCCGAUUUGCUUUGCUCGCAUGGGGGAUCAUGUCGCGGUGGAUGUUGGGGAGCUCGUAGCGUCCCGAGUCGGUGAGGCAGCGGGGCUAGUGUCCGGCGCCAAGGAGGAAACAGAGGCGCUGAUUGGGAUGGUGGAGUGCCGCAUUUGCCAGGAGGAGGACCUCAGGAAGAACCUCGAGAGCCCCUGCGCUUGCAACGGCAGCCUCAAGUAUGCUCACAGAGAAUGUGUGCAACGAUGGUGCAAUGAGAAAGGGGAUACAAUCUGUGAAAUCUGCCAUGAGUUGUACAAGCCUGGUUACACUGCCCCAACCCAGGUGCAUCAUGAUGAAACUACCAUAGAGAUAAGUGGUGGAGAUUGGACCAUCUCUGGCAACCGUUUGGAUUUACAUGAUCCUAGAAUAUUGGCAAUGGCUGCUGCUCAACACCGUCUACUUGAAGACGACUAUGAUGAAUAUACUGCAACAAACAACAACGCUGCUGCAUUUUGCCGCUCUAUAUUUCUGAUUUUGAUGGCCCUUUUGCUCCUGAGGCAUACACUGACCAUUACUAACAGCGAUGAUGAAGAUGAUGCAUCUGCUAUUUUCUCGCUAUUUCUUUUGAGAGCGGCUGGAUUUUUGCUGCCAUGCUAUAUUAUGGCUUGGGCUAUUAGUAUCAUGCAGCGUCAAAGACAAAGACAGGAAGAAGCAAUGCUAUUACCAACGGAAGUGGCGAUCAUUCUGCAUCGGAACGGAAGAACAAUGCAAUUUGCGGUGGCACCACCAGAAACCCCUAUCUCACCUCACCCCGAGCUAAACCAAUAGAAUACAUCAUCGACAGGGUCACAGUCCUCGCCUCGGGAGUGCAUAACAGGUGGAAACUCGAGGACAUUGUGCAAAGCAUGUGUUGCAUCGGCCACCUCGAACGGCCAUGUUGCAGCAAAAAUGUUGUGCCUUCGAAUUGAGUUAACUUUCUAGCUUCAGAUUCAAUGCUUGUUUUAUGGCCUCUCAGCAUCUUCUGUACAUAAAGAGAUUUCUCUAAUAAAUGAAUAUAAGUUAAAUCAACACAAAUUUCGAUUUUGAACA